AUAUUUAUCGACGAUAUUAUCAUCUUCAGCGACAUUACAGAUAAGUAUACUAAAUAUCUAGAAACUAUCUUCAGUUUAUUUGAGAAGAGGAACAUCUCUAUUAUACUAGCUAAGUCGUAUAUUAUAUAUCCUAGUAUAGAGCUACUUAGUUUCUACGUCGAUAGAUUCGGAUUAACCAAUAUAGAGCACUAUAUCGCCACCUUUAGAAACCUCGCCUUUCUAAAUAACCUAAAGGCUCUAGAGCAGUAUAUUAGUACCUUAGGAUUUCUACGCUAUCUAAUCCUAUACUAUGUAUAG